AUGGAUGAUUCUGUAGCUUUACCACAAGAGUUCUUUGAUGAGAUCAAGGAUAGGGGAUACAUAGCAAGUUGGUGUAUUCAAGAGAAAGUGCUUUCUCAUCCAUCUGUUGGGGUCUUUCUACCCCAUUGUGGCUGGAAUUCUACCCUUGAAAGCAUAUACGCUGGUGAAUGGAAAUUAGACAAAAAAUCUGCAGAGUGGAAGGAGAAAGCAGUACGAGCCACUGUAAUUGGAGGGUCUUCGUACAACUUCCAGAAGUUAAUGAAAGAGGUUUUUCACCAGAAUAUUUGA